CUUAUAUAUCACUUUUUAAAUCUAUGUGUAAAAUGAUGAGAAAAGGAACAUUUUCGAGAAACGAAAAUCUUCAAUAAAGUGCAAACUAUUAAAGAAAGUAUCUUAUAGUAUAAGAUUACAGAUCUUGAAUUUUGAUGUGAAAUUCACUCAUUCAUUUGGAUAAAUAGUAUUUUGGGAUUAUAGCUGAUGUCAGUUUGUGAUGAAAACCCUAAAUUUACUACGUGGACACUGUCAAGAAAUAAAUUUUCAAUGGCUUAUUUUCACUUCCAACAGUUUAAAUCAACCGAAGGAAUUUGUCUCAAUCUCUUACAAUUGUUUAUUUAUUUAAACUUAUUUUGUUUAUGUCAAACAAUUUAUCCAGUUCAUUCAUUUAAUACAUUAAGAAGUAGUUAUCCAACUGUAGAUGAUGUUACUAAUACCGAUGAUACAUGGUUAUUAAAUGAUCAAAAUAAAAAGAAAACUAUGGAUCGACUUCGUGAAUUUAAUCGAUACUUGAACAACAUUUUUCUGCGUCAACACUUUUAUCCUGAAGAAAAUGAGGAACCAUUUGAUCGUCGAAAAUUCUCUGUUCUAUCCAAUCAAAAUAAACGAGAUUAUUUAUUUUUACGUGGCUAAUUCCUUUUUAUGGGCAACAUUUUAAUCCAAUAGAAAAAAAACUAUGAUAGAGUUAAUCAGAAAGAAAGAAAAGCGAUAAAUGUAUUUUAGAAAUAAACAAAAAUAAAUAAAUGUUACUUGUUAUUAGUUAAAUAUAAAUUUGUCCAUGAU